AUGACUGCAUCGACACGACGUCAAAAGAUCAAAGAGCGAGAAGAAGAAGAUGGAACAGCCCGUCGCAAACAACACGAACUCGCCGCGUUCAGUGUUGCCAAAUCAUAUUAUAAAUGCCAUCUCGGUUUACCGGUGCUCUCCAUUCUUAUCCAAGCACAAGAAAUGCAACUAUCUACCAGUCACAGUAUCCGAUCGAACCAAGAACUUGAGAACGAGUAUUGCCCUCCUCUGGACCCUGCUCUUUUCGUCGCAAUUGUGAGCGAUUAUGCCCUCGACGACCAGUCUGCCGUCCAGCAGCUUCGAGAGACUCUGGAUGCAUUAAAGAUAUCUGCAUUUGAACAAGAAGAUGCCAUUUUUGACCCGUCAGGAACUAGCGGAUUUGAUUUUCCAGAGGACGCAUCGGCCAUUGCCUCUGCACAGAGCGAACCGCAGACCUUAGGGUCUCACGAAACCAACACAACAAGCCUUGGAUCAACUGUCUCUUCGCUCGGUGUAGAAUCAAGCAACGACCCUGGACAGAGAACGGGAGGUGGAAAUGGUGAUCCAAAGUGGCCGGGUGACUGUACAACCGCCGUAAGGGGCCUCAAUAGGUCGAACUCGGAAGACCAAGCGCAAUAUUUAAAUGAGAUGUUCCCCUCAAUCGAUCGAUAUACUGUUUUACAUACGCUUGAUAAAUAUGGUGGAAACGUUGACAAGGCAAUGGAUGUGCUGUUAAAUUUAUCAUUUUUUGAGAACGGUCAGACUUCUGGGACGGAUGAGGACCAGAUCUUGGUUCCUAAAGGAGUCGAGGGAUUCGAGCACUCGGUCGGUAACGGCAAGUCACGCAGGAGAGGCAAAAAGAACAAGAACAAGCAACAUCUACAACACCUGUCUGAAUCUGAUCUCUCGCAGACCUCCUUAAGCGAUAGCAGUGGAGCAAAAACUGAAAAUAGAUGGGAUAAUGGGAAAAAAGAUAUGGAAUUUAUUGCUUCGAGAACGCUUCUGACCAUGUCGACUAUUAGUUCAGCAUACCAUUCAAAUGGCGCGUCACUCCCAGCAACUAUCCGUGCUCUUACAAGAGAUGAAGCAAAGAAAUGCUCCGCAGAAGGCGUGGGAGACGAUGUCACUCGCUCCCAAAUUGCCGAAUUGCAGGAGGAAUUCAGAGCGCUCUCUCAUCAAGAACUCGUUGGCCUCCUCAGGUUGACAAGAAAUUGCAUAUCCGCCGCGAACGAGUUAGCAAGAAUAAUGGUAAUUGAGCCGAUACCAAGCCUUAUACAACCAGAAUAUCGAGCAACGGGGCCGUCCGGCUCACUCCAAGCUACCACUACCUCAAAUACAUCCCGUACGCCUACCAGGACUUCAUCCGUUCCUGCGGCAACAGCUGUUAGAUCAAACUACAACCCUGUCAUCAGCAGGGCCAUUGCAGACAGACAUCUCAUUGCAAGUCAGCAGGCGUUUGAAAAAGCUCACUCCGCUUAUCGUCGUGGAAAAUCGGACCGCCUUAUGGGCGGUGCAGCAGGAUAUUACUCAUCCCUCGGCCGCGAGCAUUUUGAGAAGGCGAAGAGAGAGUCAGCUAUUGCUGCUGAUGCACUUGUCUACAGCCAGUCAACAAGCAGCGUUCUAGACCUGCAUGGAGUGAGCGUGCAGGAUGCGGUGCGGAUUGCAAAACGGAGUGUGGAAUCCUGGUGGGAGUCUCUAGGUGAUGAGAAGUACUCCAAUCGUUUGCGAGCACAGCCUGGAGCACGAAGCUACCGUGUCGUUACUGGGCUUGGACGGCACAGCAAGAAUGGUACUGCAAGAUUAGGUCCUGCCGUUGCUCGGUGCCUGGUACGAGAGGGAUGGAAAGUUGAGGUUGAGCGGGGUGCGCUGGUUGUGACCGGCCAGGUUGGUUAUUAA